AUGGUGGGCCCAGGAGGAGCGCUCGCCGCGGCCCCGCGCCUCCUCGUGCUCGUGUUCCUCUGCUUCCUCGCCGGUGGAGCCCGCCCAUCUCCGGCCACAGACGCACUGCGCCGCGUCUCCCCGCGCGCGGCCGCCGCCGGCCUCUGCCAGCAGCUGCUCCUGCCGCAGGGCUACCCGUGCACCGAGCACACCGUUCAAACGGAUGAUGGCUUCCUUUUGUCUCUUCAGCAUAUUCCACAUGGCAAAAAUGGAAUAGCAGAUAAUGCUGGACCUCCAGUUUUUCUUCAGCACGGUCUUUUUCAGGGUGGAGAUACAUGGUUCAUAAACUCCAAUGAACAAUCACUUGGAUAUAUCCUUGCUGAUAAUGGUUUUGAUGUUUGGAUUGGAAAUGUCCGUGGCACACGUUGGAGUAAAGGCCACUCUACUCUCUCUGUUCAUGAUAAGCUUUUUUGGGAAUGGAGUUGGCAAGACCUUGCUGAAUACGAUGUUUUGGCAAUGUUAAGCUAUGUACAUACAAUUACACAGUCCAAAAUUUCAUAUGUGGGACAUUCACAGGGAACUAUCAUGGGUCUGGCUGCGUUUACAAUGCCCGAAAUAGUAAAAAUGAUAAGCUCUGCUGCGCUUCUUUGUCCCAUUUCUUACCUUGAUCACGUCAGUGCUAGUUUUGUUCUUAGAGCAGUUGCCAUGCAUCUUGACCAGAUGCUUGUUGCUAUGGGCAUCCAUCAGUUGAACUUCCGGAGCGAUAUGGGUGUCCAGAUUUUAGAUUCGCUGUGUGAUGAUGAACAUUUGGACUGCAACGAUCUGUUAUCUUCAAUAACAGGUCAAAACUGUUGUUUCAAUUCAUCUCGGAUUGACUAUUAUUUGGAGUAUGAACCCCACCCGUCAUCAACAAAAAAUUUGCGGCAUCUUUUCCAGAUGAUCAGGAAAGGCACUUUCGCAAAGUAUGACUACGGAUGGUGGGGAAACCUAAGGCGCUACGGCCACCUACAUCCUCCCUCAUUCGAUCUAAGCAGCAUACCGGAAUCACUGCCAAUAUGGAUGGGGUAUGGAGGCCUCGAUGCACUGGCUGACGUAACAGAUGUUGAGCGCACCAUCAAAGAGUUGAAAUCCACGCCAGAGCUGCUGUACAUUGGUGACUAUGGCCACAUUGAUUUCAUCAUGAGCGUGAAAGCAAAGGAAGAUGUUUAUGUUGACUUAAUGAGGUUUCUCAGGGCCCAGCAGGGAAUGCACAGUAGCUAUUAG